CUAUUUCAACUCAAACCCCACGCCCAAGUACCUCUCUCUAUGCGCAAGAAGUACAAAUCCCAUGUUCAUUUUGCCUGGUCAAACUCAAAACGCUGGUUCCCAUUUCUCAGGGUUUUGAAGAAGAAUUUGUCUUGCUCUCACUCCUCCCAUCUGGGUUUUACUUUUUCUCUCUCUCUCUUUGAAUCAAUGGAAUCUCUCUCUAGACUCAACAAUUGUCACCAAAGCCUCCACCACCUCUCACUCAAUCACCACCGUCCCUCAGUCCCAAAACCCAUCUCUUCUCUCUUCCUCACAACCCCACCUUCACCAUCGCCACCACCAUCAUCGCCACCACCCAUAAGAGCUUCAUCCUCACCAGACCCACUUUCCCAAAACCCCCAAAACCCACUCUCCCAAACCCUCAAAUCCCUCCUCAAACUCACACUCCCCACCAUAGCCUCCACAGCCACAGCCACAGCCACAUUGUUCUUAAUUAGGUUCAACCCCAAGUCCCUCCUUGUCCCCACUACUACACAACCACAACCACAACAACCCAAUGGUGUUAUUACCUGCUCUGACCUCAAGGUCAAGCUGAAAAUCGUUGACUAUCUCAUUGAACUCAAACCAGAUGACCAAGCUUGGAGUUUGUUGAAGACCCAGAUUAGGAAUUAUAGCCUAGAGCUUGAUUCUGCUAGUUUUGGGUUCAGAGAGAUACUCGACAAGGACUUGUUGUGUCACAAGCCUCAUUGUGGGGACAUAAGGGAGUGUUUGGAAAUGGCUGAUGAACUCAAAGACUUGUCUUUAGAAAUCAAGGCUGCAAUGGACAACUGUAUUAGGAAUUCGGAUAUCAAAUUGCAUUUGAAGGAUUUCAAGUAUUUGGUUGCGCGAGUCAGGGAUUCUAAGAGGAAAGUUUUUGGUGCGUUGAAGUAUUUUCAGGAGCUUGAGCAACGAGACCAUAACUACAGGGACUAAAUAACAGAAAGAAAAUGGGAACACAGGAGUGGGGGAUUUUUUUUCCCCGUUGGAAGCCAAGGGUCAAGAAGAAGAGAAAAAAAAAGUUGUGGAAGUCAAGUAAAGAUUAGAUUUGUUUGUUUGUUUGGGUGAUCGGUGUGGAUGAUAUAUUUAUAAAGCAUCAGUUUAUACACAUUUUUUGAAGAAUGAUUAUUAUGCCAAGACCUCCCCACCAUUUUCUUGGGGAGGGAGGUGAUCAGUAUGAAAAAUGCCUGCAGUAGAAAUCUGAAGGCCUUGUUUUCUAUGUUGUUGGUCCAAGAAAUGCCUGCAGUAAAUAUUGGUGUGGACAGUUUAUCCAUAAAGCAUCAAUAUGUGAAAUAGGAAAAUGGGCGAGAACUAACUUAUACAGUAGUUGGCCUUGAGAAUAAAUCCCUUAUUCAGACUCUUAAUGGGAACUACCCUUACUUUGGUCAAAUAUGGUUUUUGUGGUUUGUAUAAUCUAGUAUAGGUCCAGGAUUUAUGAUUGAGAGCUUGUUGCUCAGCUGAUUCAGAUUUGAUAUGUGAUAUUCUGUUGGAAGAUAUAUGUAAUAGGAAGAAGGCUCUGUUAAUAGUCAAGAGUCAUGGAAACCUUCCUUGAGGACUUGCUCAGAAAUCUGAGAAUGAAAUAGAGGUGGAGAUGUAAAGACUAAGGAGAGGACAUAGAAAGAGAAAGAAUUAUUAAGUUACAGGAUGCAUUCAUGUCAUUAAUCAUAUUGAAUUUAUUGUUAUUGAAGAUAAGUACAGGUGGAGGAUACAAAGCACUUGUAUUUUUCAUUUUCUAGAAUUUCUUUCCAUGUUUCCUUUGGAGCAUUCCCUUGUUCAGCUCUAUGAAGCUCCCCACCAUGUCUAUUCUGCAAACUUAAGUCUGUCUGAACGGAUACUCAGAGACUACAUAUUGAAAUAUUGAACAGACUGCAGCAGGCACGCUUUGAUGGGGUUGCCAAUAGUUGAUGGGUUGUGCUAAUGUCUUGAAUAACAUGCUGGAUGUCUAUUGUGAUGAGUUGGUGAAAUUGGUUAGUACCUGGUCUGAUAACGCAACCUGCUUAGUCCUCACUGCUCACUAGUUGAUUCAAGGGUGGCAAGGCACGCUUGUCAAUGGCAUGCCUUCACAUAAUCCCUUUAAUAUGCAAAGUGGUGUGAGCCUGUGGAAGUUAUGAAGUUAUGCCUAUGUCAGGAGUCAAUUGCACGAUUUGGCUGUGUUUCUCAAACUUGAGCAUGUUGAAGAAAACAGGCUACUGCUGCUAAACUAACAUAGCAUAAUUAUAAUAGAGGAAUAAAAUUUGCAGAAAAUUUUGGGUUUUUCAGGUCCAUGGGUGAGUUGGUUCUAGGCUUCUGGCUGGAUGGACUUGGACAACGGUAGUUAGACAACACUGAUUCAGUCAGUUAGUACCCUUUAUGCAGCAGUAACUUCAAUAUUGAGCAUCUCAGAGAAGACAGGCUUUGGCUGUUAAACAAAUUUUGCAUAAAUGCAUUAGAUUUUAGAGAUAUAAAAUAUGCGGAAAAAGUUGUGGCAAUGCUGAACUAGACGACUCCUGUGCAGAUAAACCAACCCGUGUGGGAUGAAAUUUUUAGUUGAAGCAAAAUGUCGUUUGGUAAGAUCCAACCAAGGUAUUCCACUAAAAAUAGAACCCAUAUCUUCCCGCUAUGUGGUACUUGAACAUCAAAAAGGUUUCUACCAUCAACUAAUAGAUGGAAAAGUAUGAUGUAGUAAAACUGAAACACUAGUAAUAAGAAAAGUAUGAUGGGGUAAUGUCAACAUUUGUGUUUGAUUUUA